AUGGCGCCCAACCUCUUCAUAGCCACUCAAAAGGCCUUUGCGCCCCACAAGUGGUUCAAGUCGAACAAGGCAGAGCAGUCAUCCAAGGUCGUUGAAGAGUGGACCAGCCCAGUACCCGGCCAGUACGAGAGUAUCCCCGGACGAGGCUGGUUCCUGAUCGCAACUCUCAAGGACGAUUCCAAGCCAGAAGGCCACCCCAGUUCAUACAUCAAGUCAUCAACCGGCAGAGUGUACAUCUCCCUGGACCGUCCCGUUCCUCUGAAAUACUCACAUGCUGUCGGUCGUUAUUUCUUGGAACCCGAGUUCAACAAGCGCAAGAAGACUGUCAUGAUCAAGAACGACAAAGGUAAAGAAGUACAAGCAGGCUUCUUCCGGGUCGACGACGUGGCUUGGGUCAAGUGCUGGGACGAACACGACACCUUCAUUCCUGGGAACGCAAAUGGUGCUGCAGGCUAUCAACGUUGGGUCUUCGAUCAGCAAACACAGCAAUUCCGUCACAUGAUCAAGCGCGACGAUCCCAACUACGUUCGGUCCCGAAAGAACUCUCCUGCCCGCGAUGCCGACAACCGCAGCCAAGAGUCAGUAAGCACUGAGUAUCGCACUAGCCGUCCUGGUAGCACCAAGAACGGCUUCAGCGUUGCCAGCACAAGGGCCAACAGCUUCCGCUACCAGCCUCCGACUCCUACAUCAAACCCGACUAGCCAACGCCCUUCAAGACAGAGCAGCCCCAAGCGCAGCGACAGCAUACCUCUUGAAGAAGCCAAAAUCGCCCUCAGACGUUUGGCUAGAGAACACGAGGAAGCCGCAGCUGCGUUAGCUCGAUCUCGCAUGAAGCGCACCGACUCCAAAGGUCGCGUGGAGCAGAUUGAGCGCGGUCGUCUUUCCGAACGGGUUGGUAACUAA